AUGGCUCUUCCCCAGCAAAAAUGGCGACGGGGUACUCUCGGGUGGAGUUUCGGUGCUCUGGCGACCUUCGUCAUCAACCUCACCUUGAUGUUAUACGCGGUGCUUGGGGCUGACGCGGACCCAAGAACUGGUCUCCGACAUCUUGGCAGCGGGAUGUGCUCCAACAUCCACAAUAUUGAUAUCGGGGUCCAUGUGGUGAUCAACGCGCUAAGUACGGUACUGCUUGCUGGUAGCAACUACUGCAUGCAGUGCGCUUCAGCGCCGACGAGGAAUCAGAUUGAUCAGGCCCAUCGUGCGAAACGGUGGCUCGACGUGGGAAGGCCCAGCCUGCGGAACUUUCGCAGCCUUGGUUUAAGAAACGCCACCCUCUGGGUUCUGCUGGCCGUCUCGUCACUACCACUCCAUCUCUUCUACAAUUCGGUAGUGUUCUCCUCCACGACGGCGAACAUCUACAAUGUCUGGUCGCUCAAUGAAGGAAUACUGAACGCAACUGACUGGGAACACUUGCUCGAGGCGGAGAACCCCGAUGCAUACACCGGCUUCGGCCUCAACUAUACAGUGUCGAACUUCCACGCCGGUUUGUUCAUGAAACUGCCGGUGGAGCAAUGCAUCAACGUCUACGCUCAGCCGUUCCAGUCGAGCUGGGGCGACGUCAUCCUCAUCUCCAACGACGCGGCCCGCGGUCCCGCGCUGGGCCGUUUUGAAACAGAAUAUAUCGAGCGCUACGACAUAUGCAGCAGUCGCCAGGCGUAUCAAUGGGUAUGCGGGCAGUACGAUCAAGCGGCCGAUGGAGCCUGUGUCGCCCCCUGCGAUGAGACGCUGCCAGAAGUACUCCUCCACGUCGACAACUGGCAGCCCUACGGCUUGGUGGUUGAAUACUGCUACGCGCGGCCGACGCCGGAGACGUGCAGCCUUUACUUCAGUACCACGCUCGGCAUCGUCGUGCUUGUGCUCAACCUCACCAAGGCCGUGCUCAUGGCCCUCGUGACAUUGGGCCCCGGCUCGCCCUUGCUCACCAUCGGCGACGCGAUAGCCUCGUUCCUGAAGGUCCCCGAUGAAGCUACAGCGGGGAUGUGCCUCGCCUCAAAGAGGCACUUCACUGCUGGUACUAAAGGGGGAAAGUGGGUUUCCAAUGCUAUUGAGUUUUGUGACAGACGAGAACGCAGAGGCCGAGCUGCUAGCCUCUUCCGCUGGAUAGCAUGCAUCAUGGCAUAUGUGAUCGGGCUCGCAACAUGUGGGUGGCUCAUGAAGUACGGUCUCUCAAAAAUGCUAGGGAAAAAGAGCAUGUCUUAUGCGACAUCGCUGGGCUUCGGUGCCGUCUCUGAGAAGACGUUGAUAUCAAACGCGCUUUUCGACAACGAUGAGGUCGACCCGCUCCUCGGCAACGUCAUUCUCGUCAACACCCCACAGCUCAUCUUGUCGGACCUCUACUUUACCUAUAACGACCUCUUUACAUCCAUGUGUGCAGCGGUCGAGUGGAGCAGGUUCGCGAUCCGCCGAAAAGGGCUCCGAGUGUCGGACACGCCGACCGGGUCGCAGCGCAGCACCUACUUCCUGCAGCUGCCGUACCGCUACAGCCUGCCGCUCAUGGUCGUUUCGGGCACGCUACACCUUUUCGUGUCGCAGAGCAUCUUCCUCGUCUACGUCGAAGCGGCCGGAGACCCGGUCGUGGGCAGCUGGCUGCGCGGCGACACAGUCGCCACCAGCACCGGGAUCUUCCCUUAUGAAGGCAAAUCCAUCACAUGCGGGUGGUCGCCUCUGGGCGUGUUGUGCACCAUCUGUCUAGGCACCGUCGUGGUGCUCUUCCUGGUGCUCUGGAGCUUUCGGCGGCUGCCGUCCGGCAUGCCGGUCGUGGCGAACUGCAGCGCGGCCGUCGCGGCGGCAUGCCAUCCGAAACCGUGGGAGGACGGAGCCUGGGAAAAACCGCUGAUGUGGGGAGUCACCAAGCUUGCAACGUCCGAAAAAUUGCACUGUUCGUUUUCAACGGAGGAUGUGGUUUAUCCCUUAGGGGGGACGUAUCAAUAG